AUGGCAAAUCCCCCAAAUACUGGAGGAGGACACUUGUUAUCCAACGCGAAUAUUAACAACAACAAGAUUAAGAAAUGUGGAUACCUCAAGAAGCAGAAGCACGGACACAAGCGCUUUUUCGUUCUGAAGGAGCCGAGCGAGGGCUUCCCUGCCCGGCUGGAGUACUACGAGAGCGAGAAGAAAUGGAAAAACAAGUCGGCGGCAAAGAGGGUUAUUCCUCUGGACUGCUGCCUCAAUAUCAACAAGAGAGCGGACUCCAAACACAAACACCUUAUUGCCCUCUAUACCAAGGACGAGUAUUUUGCUGUGGCGGCAGAGAAUGAACAGGAGCAGGAGAAUUGGUACGGAGUCUUAACUGAUUUAAUGAGCGAGGGGAAAGUGUACUCAGACGGCUCCGCAUCCAAUUCCGCGUCCUCGCUGGUGGGGUUUGAUGAGGCGAACUACGGGAUGAUUACGCCGGUAACGGCUGUGUAUAAGGAGGUAUGGCAAGUGAACCUAAAAUCCAAAGGGCUGGGACAGAGCCGGAAUCUUACCGGGGUGUACAGGCUGUGCUUAUCUAGUCGGACUAUCAGCUUUGUAAAGCUCAACUCGGAUGUGGCGUCCGUCAGUUUACAGCUGAUGAACAUUCGGAGAUGCGGGCACUCAGAGAGCUUUUUCUUCAUCGAGCUCGGCCGGUCAGCAGCCACGGGACCCGGCGAGCUGUGGAUGCAGGCUGACGACUCUGUUGUGGCGCAAAACAUCCAUGAGACUAUCCUGGAGGCGAUGAAAGCCAUGAAGGAGCUGUCAGAGUUCCGGCCGCGCAGCAAGAGCCAGUCAUCGGGCACUAACCCCAUCUCCGUGCCCACCCGGCGGCACCACAACAACCUCCCCCCAAGCCAGACCGGGCUCCAGCGACGGUCGCGCACUGACAGCAUGGCCAAGACGUCCCCCAUGAGUAAAUUCACCUCCUGUCGGAUACGCACUGCCAGCGAGGGAGACGGCACCAUGGCGCGCCCCUUGCCUGUGAACGGGAGUCCCCUCAGCCCCAGUAUUCACCGGACCCUAUUAGGGAGAUCAAACACCAUCACAGCCCAGCCCUGCCAGACAUUUGAAUCCUCCUCCCUCCAGCACAGUAAGUCCAUGUCCAUGCCUCUGUCCCACUCCCCACCCACAGCCACCCCCAGCCCUGUCAGUCUGUCCUCUUGCUCUGAAAGCAGUGCUCCUCGCCCCUCCAGCUGCAAUGCCUCUGUCUCUGGCUCCCCCAGUGAUGGCGGCUUCAUCUCCUGUGAUGAGUAUGGCUCUAGUCCUGCAGCCCUGUACCUCACUCGCCGCAGCAACACCCCAGAGUCUCUAAGGGCAGACACACCCCCCUCCCGGGAUGGCAGCAACCUGCAUGGCUACAUGGUGAUGGAGAGGCAGAACCAGAAUGGUUUCUGCCGGUUACCAGAGCUGGACAAGGCAUACCGGAAACGCACAUACUCCCUUAACACCCCGCCCCAGCACAGGGCGCCGCCCCAGGUCUCCUCCACCUCAUUGGACGAAUACACGCUUAUGAGGGCCACCUAUACCAGUGGCGGCCAAUCGGGUCGCAGCUCUCACACCGCCUCCCCGAAGGUUACCUAUCCCAAGGACUAUGGCGAUGUCCAGAUAGGCUCCAACGGUCACCUAGGUGACUGUGGCUACAUGCCCAUGACUCCGGGCGUUGCCCCUCAGACAGGGUGGGUCAAAGGUGAUGCUUACAUGCCCAUGAGCCCCAUGUGUGUGUCGGCCCCCAAGCAGAUCAUCAACCCCCGCUCUCACCCCUCUCCAGCUGGGCUGGGCUCCCAUACCGACUCCCCUGGAAGCAUGUCUCUGGAGGACAGUGGCUACAUGAGGAUGUUCUGCGGGGCCAAGAUGUCUGUGGACAGCUCAGACGGGAAACUCACCAUGUCCCCUGUGGACCCCCUGGUCUCCUUCACCCCACCAGACUACAUCCUCACAGACACUACCCCCCAGCUUCACCCUCACCACAGACAGCCUUACUCCAACAGUUCCCUGCCCCGCUCUCUCAAAGCCCAGCCCCAGAGGAACGGGGUUACAGACACAGACCAAUACGUGGUGAUGAGUCUACAGAAGCAGAGGAUAGAGGAGGAGUCCAACUACUGCCCCAUCUCACCUGUCUGCACCGGAACGCCCCCCACCUCCACCCUCAGAGCUGGCAGGGUCACUCAGGAGGGGGGUCUGGUCCACAGGGGGAGGGUGAGUCGGCCUACCCGGCUGGCCCUGGACUCUCUGAGGACGCUGCCCUGUAUGAGCGAACACCCCCUGCCCUCUGAGCCCAGGAGUCCCGGGGAGUACAUCAACAUCGACUUUGGCAACACUACACGCUACCCGCCCGAGAGCUCUGGUUCAUCACUGGGCUCGGUGGACGGGCCGAUGAGGAGUUCCCCGCCACUCUCCGAUUACGUCAACAUUGACGUCAGCUCGCACUCUCCCAAACACAGGGAUUCCCCUUCUUCAAUAGGGCACCUGGAGCCGAGUCCUGCGCUCCCUGUGUGUCCCAGCCAGCCUCACAGAGAAGAGAAGAGGGAGCGAGAGGAACAGGAGAAGAUCAUCAUAGUGGAAUAUCCUCUCCAAAAGCAUGCGAGCCCUGUAUACCCGGUUGGCGCUGUAAAAGACGACUACACUGAGAUGACCUUCAGUCCUACCAACCCCUCUCCCUCUGCCUCUCUCCCUGCCACCCUGUGCCCCUCUGAUACCACCACCACCCCCCUGCCCACCAGCCCCUCUGCCUGUGUCCAGAGACUCACCCUGAUGGGAGAGGGUGCAGUGGGGGUCCCCCCGGUUCCUGUCGAGACCUUCUUCCUGGGGUGUCCGUCCCUCUCCAUCCCCAUCGUCGACCCAGACAGGGGGGCAAAGGUGAUCCGGGCCGACCCCCAGGGGCGCAGGCGCCACAGCUCCGAGACCUUCUCCUCCACCACCAUGGUAACGCCAGUGUGCCCAUCGUUCGCCCCCGAUGCCAACAAGCGUCACAGCUCGGCGUCGGUGGAGAACGUGUCGCGGCCAGUCCGGAGCUCGGAGGGUUCAGAUGAAGAGUAUGGGAACAGCAACAGCCCCAUGUGCCGGGAGACGUCGGCGGGCUACCAGAACGGACUCAACUACAUUGCCUUAAACCUGAUGGAAGGGAGCCUUGGGGGCUGCAGCAGUCUGGGGGGCAGUGAGGGACUGCUGAGGUUCAAGGCAGCGUGCGGAUGCAAGGGGGGCAUGAACGGUUUUAACACCAGCCCUUAUGCCACCAUGGGCUUCAAGGAAACUGCAACAGCAGUGAAAGGUGAGACACCGCUGACUCUGUGUGUGUGUGUGUGUGUUUGCAUGCUUAUCAUGAGCCCAUUCAUUCAUUCAUCCAGACUUAAUUCAAACAGUCAGUGUGUGUCAGGGCUUGAGUAAAGAUAUGGCUGUAGUGAUAGCAACCCAUUUAUUUGGCAUAUUUACCCUUUGCUAAGCAGCAGUGCACUCCAAGUUUGUUGUGUCCUAUGGAGACGUUGUGUGUUCACUGUGUCCUACUGAAGCCAACAUUCUAAUAAUGCCAGAGAAUUUAGACUGCCUCUGUGGCACGGACAGCAGCUGCCUGCGUGCGUGCGUGAUUGUCAUGAUGCGGCAGCGUGGCACGCAGACCACAGGUUUCUAUCCCUCAUAGUCUGAACCCAGCCAACCCACUGUAGCCAGCCAACACACUGUAGCCAGCCAACCCACUGUAGCCAGCCAACCCACUGUAGCCAGCCAACCCACUGUAGCCAGCCAACACACUACACUGUGGCUUACUGUACACACUACUGGAUCGACUGGCAGUGAAAUUGAACUCUGCUUCCCGGCUCUAGGGAUAGCAGCUCCCUGUCACUUUACCCAAGUGGAAAAAACUAAAGGAGCUGCGCAAUGGUUACAAAGGCGCUGUUUAUCUAGCCUGUGGACUUGGUAUUUGAUAUACUGUUGACGCAUCCAAUAUUUAAUGUCAGUUUGUUUUUUACAUGCCUUUUUAAUUAGGUGACGAGAUAGCAUGAUGGUUUUGAGCAACCUACUCAUGAGAGAGAUAUAAAAAUAUAUAUGUUUGUGGAAGCAACACAGUCUUAUAAUGAUGAAGUAUGAAGAUGUAUGCACUCACUAACUGUAAGUCGCUCUGGAUAAGAGCGUCUGCUAAAUGACUAAAACUGUUAAAAAAAAAAUUAAGCGCGCCCAUAUUAGCCUACUUUUUAUGUGACCGUUUUAUGUGCUGUAUAUUCAAGGAAAAUAUGUAAAAAUGAACCAUGUUUUUCAAGCUGUUUAGUGUUGAUCUGUUUGUUAUUGUAAGUUAGUUUAAACAAACGCAUUGGUGCUUAUAGUGUGACUACUAACUAGACCAGGGGUGUCAAACUAAUUUUGCCCCGGUGGCCGCAUUCGGUCUUCAACGAGUCUGGAGGGCCACACUGAUUAUGAAAAAUAUUUCUGUGCCCUCAAAAAUAGAAAUAAUUGUCCUCUAUCCAUCGUUUUUGGAAUUUUCGAUGCUCCCUGACUGUGCACAGUGAUUAUUAGUGAGCUGGACAGUCAAGAAACUGUAUAAUUUCUAGACAGUUUCGAUUUAGUUUUAGUCAACUUAAAGUAUAUUGAGUUAGUUUCCCCCCCAAAUGUUGUUUUCAUUAUUAUUAUUUUUUUUCUAUUUAGAUUUUUACUCAAACCACCCGCGGGCCAGAUUGUACCCCCUCGGGGGCCGGAUCCGGCCAUAUGUUUGACACCUCUGAACUAGACCAUAGACUUCAGAUAUUAUUUCCUUCUCUAAAUGUGAUUUGUCAAACAUAGGGGGAUGGGAUGAUGCAUGACAGGGCAAGUUGAAGCACCAUGAUAAAUGGACAGUAAAUGUUCUGGCCCUGGCAAGCAGUGUAAUAAGCGCUUGUAAACUGUGGUAUUUGGAUUGGAUUAGGAGUAGCCCGUCACACCCAUACAGUACAUCAAUAAGCCCAAGACUGUGGGAAAUAUGCAUGGUGUUGUGAAGUAAGUUAUUGAAGUCGUUUGUAUUCUGGAUCAAUGUGUGCACUCGAGUCCCAGCCAGCAGCGUUCCCUGUGACGUAGUUAUUAUCUUUGUACCAGACUACGCUAGUACAAAUGUACAAGAAAACAUCCCAAGGGGUUCAAUGAUGCAGAAUAUUUUUUCCUCCACAUGCUAGAACAAUCCAUAAGGAAUAGCCUACCCACUGGUAACACACUGGUUGAAUCAACGUUGUUCCACGUCAUGAAAUGACGUUGAACCAACGUGGAAUAGAUGCUGAAUUGUCAUCUGUGCCCAGUGAGUAUGGACCAGGGUUUUUCUUAUUUCAAUGACACAGUUAGGUUAUAUGUGCUCUGAGAGGUUACCUUAGGAUACGAGACAGCAAAUAUAGUGGGAAGUAAACUAAUUUCUGUUCAAAAUGAUCAUGAGAAAGAAAUCUAUUUUGGGGACAGUUUGUUCACCUAACAAAUCACACUACAACCCCGUGCGUAAUGCGUAAAUAUUGAUGCGUCCCCUAUGAGAUGGAGGGUUGGGAACACCAAAACAUUACCUUUCACCUCGUUCUGGCAGAUUUACGUGUGCUUACGUCUACUGCAGCAUCAGUAGCUUGUUAUACAACAUUAAAUAACUAUUUAUAUAUGUUUUAAGAGCUAUGUCAUACUUUACUAUAGAUCUGUACCCAUUGUAUAAUAGGUUUGCACAUUGAUGGUGAAGUAUGAAUGACUUGUAGGCCUAUAGGCAGUGGUUACACAAUGUUGUUGUUGAAGCUGCCCACUGACGUAGUGAUCUGCUAUGCACUGUUGAAGGGAGCUCUCUCUCUCCUCCUCUUUCACUCCCUCCUUUUCUCUCUCCUCUGUCUCCCUCUCUGGCUGUAUACCGUAGGGCUGGGUGCAGUCAGUGCACUGGGUCCCCCAGAAAAACAAGUGAGUCAGUUGUUUAUCAGUUGUCAGGUACUGGGCUUCAGGGCAGGAAUGCAGGCAUUGUGCAAAGGUUGCUGGGAGAGGUGAAUGCUCACUUGUUUUUCUAACCUACUGGAGAUGUCUUUGUUUUUUUUUACUGUGAGGAACUUUACAAAACAGACCAUAGUACACAUACACACACACACACACACACACACACACACACACACACACACACACACUGCACCUGGACUAAAAAGCCUUCACACUUAUUGGUCAAUCAUAUUCAAUUAAGGGUGUGUGUGUAGUUGUAGUAUGUAUUAUGCUAGUGUAUUUUUUGUAUAUUUGUGCAAUAAGGUAUUUCUGUUGGGUUGUGUCUGAAUGAGCGUUUGAGCAUGAGUAUGUCUGCUGAGUUGUUUUCUAGGUAUAGCAGGCAUUUCUGCACUAAUGUAUUUUUUUCUACUAAAUAAGUUGAGCAGGAAGAAAGACAUGGCCCUAGGCUAGGGAAGGAGAGGAGAUGGGAGGAGGCGGAAUGGAGUGACGUUAGUUUGUUUUUCUAAAUCAUGACAAAACAGACCACAGAGAGCCAGUAGGUAGAGAGAGGGAGAGGGUAAAGAAUGGAAGAGGAGGGGGAGAAAGAGAGAAAGGGAGCAGUGUUGAUCCGGUAAAAGUUGGCAGUGGCUGGCUUGCCUGGUUAUUUACGGCAUUCCUGAAAACAAAAGAUCAGCCGGAGAGAAAGAACAGUUAGCUGUGUUUCCGGAACGGCCCAAUACUCUGCCCCGAUCAGGAAUGCUGCCAGCACAGCCAGCCACUCACUAACACUCUAAUCAUAAACACCCACCCCACAGAGAGGGCUUAGACUGCAGCCACAGGGCCUCACUGUGUGUGAAUGUGUGUGUUUACUAAGAAAUGACCGGCUUUUCCACAUUCUCCCCUCACCAUCACAAGGCGAGACAUAGUCUGCAUUCCACAUGCUCACAUUAAUUCGCGAGUGGCUGGAUUUGGAAUGCAAAUCAUCUGAGGCUGAAUUGACCUUUUUAUUGUGUGUGUGUGUGAGUCUGCUGCUCUUUUGACAAACACAUUCUAUUAGAGAUAAAACCUUCAAAUCUCUUUACCUACACGCCAAGGAUAUGGGCGUGACAUUCUGUUCUAAACAUGUGUGUGAGUGCGCGUGUGUGUGUGACAGCUGCUGUGCGUAUCUGUUUGUAGAUGACUCUGGCCUUGUGUUUUUGUGAAUGAGGGAUCAGGGUUUUCAUUAGUUUAUUGAUUUACUGGUUCAUUGGCUCAUUGAGCUGAUGGUCGGUCGAUAACGCUUUUGCCGGUGUUGUUGUUUUUGUUUGGGAAAAUGCAUACACUCACUCAGAGGGAAAGGGGUGGGGGAUCACUGAGUGGGUUGGGGGCUGUUUAAAUUCAAACGCGCGCCCCCAUACGGCCCACCCCCGCCCCUCACUAUGCCCCCAUCAGAAGUGUGACCUUUGAACUGGCCCUGUGUGUGUGAGGGCUGUUGGGAUUAGCAGUUUGCCUGAGAAACACCAGAUAUCAGCAAACAGAAGAAACAUGCACACUAUUUAGUAUUUAGCUAUUUAUCUCUCCUACUAUCUCUAUCUCUGUGUCUGACUUUCUCUCUCUCAUCUUUAUCUCUCUCUCUAUCUUCUAUUCUACCUCUCUUUUGUCACCUGACUUUCUGUUUUUCUCUGAAGCUCUUUGUUAUCAUCCCUCUCGCCUGCCUCUCUCCAUUCCUCAUGUCUUCCCCUUGUUUAUCAGAGCUCUCUCUCGCUCUCUCCUAUGGCUGGGGCUGUCAGGUGUUUGGUACAGACAGUGGGAGACUGACUCACUUUCUUCAUGUUUUUAUUUAGGAGCUCUGACCAAACCCUCUCGCCCCUUUCCUUCCCUCUCUACCUCAGUGUGUGUGUGUGUGUGUGUGUGUGUGUGUGUGUGUGUGUGUGUUAGCAGAUGGUGGGGGCCGGGGUCUUGCACCUGCGCCUCCAAGCACUGGUUAUCUGGCCCUUCAAAGGGAGUGGCAAUACGCUAAUGACUAGCACCAUCUGCCACAACAACAGAGAGAGAGAGAGGAGAGAUGGACAGAGAGAAAGGAGGAGAGAAAGACAGAGAGAGAGAUGGUGGAGAGAGAGGGGGUUGGGGUUGGGGCGGGGGGGGCGGUGCAAAAAGCCAAAUAUCACUCUAACCCAAUACCACGAAGAGAGACGUAGAGGAGAGCAGAGAGAGGCGAGAGAGAGAGAGCGAGCUCUCGUUACUCCUCUAUCUAAUCACUCCCUCUUUCCCCCUCUCUCUCGUCUCUCUCUCUCUCUCUCUUCUCUUCUCUCAUCUGUUCUCUUUUAUUUUACUCACGUCCCCGUCUUUCCCCCCCUCUCUCUCUCUCCCCUUCUCUCUCUCCCCCCCUCUCUCUUCCUCCCCUCUCUCUCUCCUCGCCCCCCUCUCUCUCUCCCCCUCUCUCUCUCCUCUCUUUCUUUAUCUCACUCACUUUUUUUUUCUAGCAUUAGUUUCUCUUUUUGGUAAAUCAUGUGAUCUAGCCUCCCAGUCAGUUGGUCUCUGCCCUCCUCUCUCUCUCCUCCCAGAGAGCCCUCUGUCUAUAGUGCCUAGCUCCAGCUGAGUGCCACUGAUUGGCUUUAAGAACAGACCAUGGAGGUUUGUUUAAUGACUAAUUAAACAAUUAGCUAAUCAGAUAGCUAAUUCGCCCCAUUACAAUAAUUCCUUGAAUUGUCUCCUGUUUUAUGGACUUCUUUGAAUAGAAUAAUGGCUUUUAUGAAUUUGAACUAAAUUAGUUAACUAAAUGAACUUUACUGAGGUGGUGUGAUUUUAGAGGAUAGCAUAGCAGUGCUGAAAAAAGGCUGAUUGAAUUGUCAGCUGCUGUGUGUGGUUAAUUAUAGAGCAGUCCUAUAAUAAACCUAGACAUAGUGGCGUAUUUCAAAAAACGUUUGUCCUCACUCCCUCCCCUGUCUCUCUCUUUCACCCCUCUUUCACCUCACCCUCCCUCCAUGUCCGAAACAGUACCUUUGAGUAAACUAGGGCGGGAUGUUCCAUGGGUAGAUAAAAACUCUGUCAAUGUUCCCUCCAUUUAGCUGGGAGUUAAGGAGGAUUACAUUCUGUUCAGGAUUAGACAUUGUUGAGCAGCUUGUUUUGUUUAGAGUUAGGGGAACGGAGAGCACACGCACACACACGGAGGUGUUUUUCCCAAACACUGAGGUGAGUUGGAGUUAUGAUCACUUAAGCCUCAUUGAGCUCAUGUUCUACUGACUUCUCAGAAACAGGCUUCAGUCCCUCAGCCAAAUACUACAGUUACAUCAUAACACAGCUCUCAUAACCUCUCCUCUCCGCAGAACAAUGUGUAUGUAUGAACAAUGUGUAUGUUUAUGUUUGCCAGUCAGUCAGAUGUCAACUGCAUGUGUGUGGGUGCGAGUAGUGCUCUGAGACAUUGCUCGUACAAAUGGCUAGAUUAGUGUGUUGUUGCACUACCUUGGCCAUUUGUGAUGAGGUUUAAUCUGUGUCCCAGAACACGUGUGAAUGGGUGGGGGGGCCUUCUCCAUGGCACAAGGUAAAAUUUCAAUUGAAAAAGCAAUAUAACCAUGUGCGUUUUGUAAUAAUAUAAUAGAAAUCGGUGCUGGGCUCUCUUUAUGGGCUUGUGGCGCGACUGAAUAUAAUUGCCCAGCAUGUGACAUGAUUUUAAAUGAACGCAUUUCUCCCCGUGCACAGAGAAGCACUUGGCAGUCGGACAGAUGUGUGUGUGCGCGCAUGUGUGUGCAUGUGUGUGACUAAUGUAAUAUGCAAUUGUGAUAAUGACUUUAUACAAUCAAAGGAAUUGUAAUGGCUAUAAUAGUAGUGAUGGUUAUUGUCCGACCUCGUUUAGUCAUUUAGGCCUAUUUGGCCGAUGCCAAGCGGUUGAUAUGAGGUCUCCUCACCCAUUCCUUCUUAUCUCUCUCAUUCUUUCUUUGGUUCACUCUCUUUCCCUCCCUCUUCCUCUCUCAAAUUGAAAUGUUCACAUUUCACAUUCACAUGAUUUUUUAACACAACCCUGUGCUCAAACAAAAAAUGUUAAUAGCUUUUCGUUUUUGAUAGUUCCUUAAGCCACCAUAUCAAAUUAACUAAAUAACUAUGGCCCCACACUCUCAUUGUUAUCCUCAACACUCCCCUCCCCUCCCUACAUACACCACUACCACCCUCCCCUACCUAUAUACAUCACUAUCCCCCACUUCCCUCCCAACAUACACAACUACCCCCCCCUCCCUAUAUACACCACUACCCCCUCCCCUCCCUAUAUACACCACUACCCCCCUCCCCUCCCUACAUACACCACUACCCCCCCCCCCUCCCCUCCCUACAUACACCACUACCCCCCCCUCCCCUCCCUACAUACACCACUACCCCCCUCCCCUACCUAUAUACAUCACUAUUCCCCCAUAUACACCACUACCCCCCCCUCCCCUCCCUACAUACACCACUACCCCCCCCCACAUACACCACUACCCCCCCCCCCCCUACAUACACCACUACCCCCUCCCCUCCCUAAAUACACACUAAACUACCCCCCCCACCCCGACCACCUUGAUGAGUGUCCCUGCCUCUUGCUUUUUAAAAGACAAAAUGUUCUGUUGUGUGAUUAGCUGUGUUUGUAUGUGUGUUAUGAAUGUAUAAUGUGUUUGUUAUGAUAGUGUUAUACAUGUGUGUGUGUGUGUGUGUCCUUCCUGGAAGCUUGUGGGUGUCACCUAUGGUUCAGCCUGGAGUGUGUCUGUGUGUGUGUGGCCUAGAUAGGAGGAGGAGCUGGCUGUCUUAGGAAUGUAAACAACGUGGAUGUUGUUGUUGUUUGUUUGGUGUUUGUUUGUUGUUUACAUACACUCCUCUGGGCUCUUGACUUCCUGAGAAAAGAGAGAAGGAGAAGGGAGAGCGAUGGCUGAUGAUAUUACAUCUCCCCAUGUCUCCCCCUCCCUCUUCAGGCUUCGCAGAACGUCUACGUUGGAGUUAGUCCUGUUAGGAGAGCUACAGGCCUGUUAUGUCUGAGCUAUGCUACUGCUAGGAGCACCAUAUAAAUCAACUACUGCUAGGAGAACCAUAUGAAUGGGUGCUGGGCUCUCUUUAAGGGCUUGUGGCGCGACUGAAUAUAAUUGCCCAGCAUGUGACAUGAUUUUAAAUUAACGCAUUUCUCCCCGUGCACAGAGAAGCACUUGGCAGUCGGACAGAUGUGUGUGUGUGUGUGCGCGCGUGUGUGUGUGCAUGUGUGUGACUAAUGUAAUAUGCAAUUGUGAUAAUGACUUUAUACAAUCAAAGGAAUUGUAAUGGCUAUAAUAGUAGUGAUGGUUAUUGUCCGACCUCGUUUAGUCAUUUAGGCCUAUUUGGCCGAUGCCAAGCGGUUGAUAUGAGGUCUCCUCACCCAUUCCUUCUUAUCUCUCUCAUUCUUUCUUUGGUUCACUCUCUUUCCCUCCCUCUUCCUCUCUCAAAUUCAAAUUGAAAUGUUCACAUUUCACAUUCACAUGAUUUUUUAACACAACCCUGUGCCCAAACAAAAAAUCUGUUAAUAGCUUUUAGUUUUUGAUAUUCCUUUGUGAUGCAUGUGAUAGAAGGAGUUAAUACGGUAAUCAAGGGGAAGUAAUAACCUAUAUGUGACCUCGUUGACUCUCCUCAGGACUUUGAACGGCCCCACAAACCGCGGGCUCAGCUUCCGGUAGGGCAGGCGGAGGGGCAGAUUCCGGGUCGAGAGCCAGACCCGAUACCCCGGUACAAAGACGGGGGUCUCACUGCGGUGGCGGUCAGCGUUGGCCUUCUGAUGACGCACGGCGCGUUGGAGGUGAACGUGGGCAGCAUCCCACAUCUCCUCCGCGCGCCGAAACCAGUCAUCCACCGCAGGAGCCUCGGUCUGGCUCUGGUGCCACGGUGCCAGAACCGGUUGGUCACCUAGAACACACUAGAAAGGCGUUAGGUUAGUGGAGGAGUGGCGGAGAGAGUUCUGGGUAUAUUCUGCCCAUGGCAAGAACACCGACUACUCCCCCAGCCGGUCCUGGCAGUAGGACCGCAGGAACCUACCCACGUCCUGAUUUACCCGUUCCACCUGCCCAUUACUCUCGGGGUGGAACCCAGAGGUCAGGCUGACCGAGACCCCCAGACGUUCCAUGAAAGCCUCCCAGACCUUGGACGUGAACUCGGGACCUCGGUCAGACACUAUAUCUUCUGGUACCCCGUAGUGCUAGAAGAUGUGAGUAAACAGGGCCUCCGCAGUCUGCAGGGCCGUGGGGAGACCGGGCAGAGGAAGGAAGCGGCAGGACUUUGAGAAGUGGUCCACAAUGACCAGGAUGGUGGUGUUACCUUGGGAGAGGGGAAGAUCAGUCUGAAAAUCAAUGCUAAGGUGAGACCAUGGUCGUUGUGGAACUGGUAACGGUUGUAGCUUACCCGCUGGGAGGUGCCUAGGUGCCUUACUCUGGGCGCACACCGAGCAGGAGGAGACGUACACCCUCACGUCCUUAGCCAAGGUAGGCCACCAGUACUUUCUGCUCAGGCAGCGCACUGUACGACCGAUACCUGGGUGACCAGAGGAGGGUGACAUGUGUGCCCAGAAGAUCAGACGAUCACGGAUAAGAGCAGGCACGUACUGCAGCCCAGCUGGACACUGCGGUGGAGAU